GUCUGGGUGGGAAUGGAAUUCAUUCAGGCUUUGUGUAGCAGCAGGCGAGACUAUCCUAUAUCGUCUAUCUCGUAAGUACAACGUAAGACUUUCUACCCCUAGGAAGCUUCCAAAGCAGAAAUACCGCAAUGCAAUCAAUGCACGUGGCAUAUGGUCCAGCUUUCUUUGAAAUCGAUUACAUAUGUUGAUGCAGCCAGUGGACAUACGUCCAUUUUCAAUUAGUUUGAUUAACCUCCUCCCGUCCAUCUCUCGUAUAGGGCCUUGUGUGUGGCUACCACAAUUUUGCUUAUUGUUUAACAGGAUGUCAAACUUGUUGAAGCGUUAUCGACUGCUGUUGGCCGUCGCUUCGAUUGGAUACCUGAUACCGUGUAGCUACAAUAUCCGUACCGGACUGUUUGAUUGUUCCUAUCGAAACACGUUGGUUUGUGUAUGCAAUGUAGUGUUUUUCGGUGGUUUCGUGUGGUAUGAUUUUGGAAUGAUUCUGAAAUUCUACGCCACGCUACCGAUAGUGCUGGUGGGAAUAUUGACGGUCGAUGUGACCGUAUACAAUCUGCUAAUAUUCUGCAUUAUCAUAAACGCAGUGUACAAUCGAGAUUGCUUCGUGCAACUGCUGAACAGUCUUUUCGCGCGUGACGAUUGGAUGCUUGAAUCGGUUGCCAUGCAAGGAUCAUCCCAGCAGCGCCGCUCAACGCAAAGCACGGGAGGUUUAGUGUGUUUAAUCGUGCUGGUAUUGCUGUACGCCAUGUACAAUGCCCUAUUUGUCAACGAUCACAGCAUGGUUUUGAUGGACAUGAUCAUUUUGCUUAGAUUCUGCUUCAUGUUCCUAAUACUGGAGUUAUACCGGGUGUGUGUACGCAUCAUCAGGAAGCGUAUGAAGCAGCUCCAAGUAUUGCUAACGCAAAUGGAAGAAAGCAAUACUGCAGCAUGUGUUGAACAUAUCGUGCACGUGUUUUUGGACCGUUUUCAACGUUACUAUUUACUGAUUGAUAGUGUGAAUAAGUCUUUUUCCGUACCGGUAACUCACACACUGCUGCUUAUCGUGCUCGAGCGAACUGUAGCAGCGUACGAUGUGUUUGAAAAUUUAAGGGGAGAGAGUAAAAUGAUCUUAUGGGACUUUUAUAGGCUACUGUACAGGCAGGUGUGGGAAAUUACGUACAUUGUGCUGAUGGUGCUGUUGGCAAUCAAUUGCAAUGCAACAAGUUUGCAGGUAAUUUACUACAACCAGUUACCAAAUGUAUGUUCAUUUUUUUAGUUGAUUCGUCCAUUAGCUUUCAGUCAUAAUCAAUACCAGACGUCUACAAUUAAUCGUUGGGUCUUGAUGCGUUCUUUUGAUAGCUUCGAAACGUAGAUUAACAUAUGCGUGAGAUUAACAUUUGCACGCGCUCAAAAGAGGCACAUUACAUUAAUUAUUUAUUAGCCAGCCACUUCGCCUAACAUCCAUGAGUUGGUUAAAGUCACCCCUGUAUGGCCAGUACCAGAAUGACAUUCGGAUAGUAACAUUCUAUCAUCAAACAGACACGGUUGACAUAAUGUCUAUGUACAUUCGCCAGAACCAUUUUACAUUGCGCAUCGUUACAGCGAUUUACUUUCUACCCGUCAGCUACAACCAAACGACACAACGUUUCGUCCAGCAGCGCACCAAUCUCGUUUCGUUUGGCGUUGGAAUAUUACUAUCGUUUACCUUCUUUUAUCAUGAUAUUUUUAUUCAAAAUGUUUUUUUCGCAAACCUACCACCGUUUGCAUUUGCAAUCGUACUGCUAGAACUGCUACUGUACACCAUCGUACCGUUCUGUGUAGUGUUGAACAAUUUAUUCUAUCGCAAGCGAUGGACAGACCUGUUGAACGUUCUUUUUGCAGACGAUAGUGUGCUCGAUACCACAAACGUCACGAUGAGCGGUGCGUAUUUUCUGUACAUCAGCGUCUUGAGCAUACUGCUGGUAACUCUCGAAUUGUGCAACCUUUUUGCAUUGGAAACGCUCUCACACAAAAUGUUGACCACAACGUUUGUGUUACGGUAUACGGGUAUGAUACACUUCCUGUAUCUUUUCCAUAUGUGCGUCAGCAUGGUGGGCUUGCGGAUGGAACAGCUGAAAAUGCUUUUCCAUCACAAACAAACCGAGGACGAGUUUGAGUAUUACCUCGGACUUUUUAUGGCAAAAUUUGAACGAUACGUGAUGCUAAUAGAACAGAUCAAUCGAUGCUUUUCUCUUCCAAUCGUCACUAUGUUGGCGCUGGGAAUGGUAGAGCUGGCAUAUCUUGUGUUCGAGUGCUUUUACACGUACAACGCCGGUUCACCGGAUAGUGAAAUGUAUAAUGGUUUUACGGAUUGGGCAUUCAGCCAGUUCUGGCAAUCGAUGUACUGCCACUUUUUGGUGCUGACCGUUUCAUCUUGCGAGCAGACAAGGAAAACGGUAAGAAAUUAUAUAGAAUAUGCACGUAAAUCGGUCAUCUUUGUGGUGUGCCGUGUGGUUCGAUUUCAUCAACUCAAAUUCACUUCAUAAACUUUAAAAACAAAAUUUCAACAGCCUAAUUCAGCUAGAAUUUAAGAACCAAAUACAGAAGUGAAUUUUUGACGUGAAAAGAGGUGAUUCACAAUCAGGAAAGAUUUGGGAGCUAUUAGAAACAUCAUUAGUCAUCAUUUAUCUAUUUUAGUAGGCUGUAGUUUUAAGAAUCUCUAUACCCAGGUCUGCCAUAAAGCCUAACAGGAAUUGUGUAGUCAUUUUCUAUACGCACAGAAGGACACUCUUGAUGCAAAUCGAAUCACAAUUUGGUAUUGGCUAUCAUGUCACCAGAACACAUCUAACGCACGACUGUUUAUGAGCCAAACAUUGAUAUGCAGCAUGUCAAAAUCAUAAUGUAGCAAAUGAAAGAAUCAAUUAAAUUAGGCAAUUGGCCAUUACUAUUGCUUGCCAACUCUAUUAACGCAUAGUAUGUUCCUAAUAGUCCGGCACACUAUUAGGUUUGUUGGUGUGCAGUUAUUAUUUAAUUAGAUUAAUAAUUAAUAAAUGUUACCUGAAAUCAAUAAUUUCAGUGUAAAUCAUGCUAGCACAUCUGUUAUGGUACACAUUCUCUCUUUUCUGGAAAUGCACUACAGUUGACAUAAUGUCCUCACUCGUAAAGCGUUACCAACGGUUGUUCGCCGUAGCAAUCGUUAUGCAUAUACUGCCCUGUAGGUACAACUUUCGUACCAAUAUGUUUGAAAAGUCUUGGACCAACAUGUUUGCUUUAGUAUUGAAUAUUGUGCUUCACAGUAUGUGUCUGUGGUUAGAUUUAAAUGCUAUUAAAAUUUCCAUCGGCUACAUGUCGUUUGUGAUGUUAGGUGUGAUAGUGAUCUACCUAGUGACAUACGCCUUAAUGCUGGUCGUAAUUAUCUGGAAUGCGUUCUACCAUCGGGACUCGUUUGUACACUUGUUUAACAGCCUAUUCGCCAAGGAAGAUUGGUUACUACAGUGGGUAGUGAUGAAAGGAAUAGUGACCAAGCUCAAUCUACAAACGCGACACAAUGGCAGCAUGGGAACGUUGGCAUUGCUGGUGAUCUUGAACAGCUUCUACAACUUUGCGUAUGCUGCAAAUUCUACCAUUUUUAAGCUCUACUGGUUAAUUUUGCUCAGAUUUUGUGGCAUGUUCGUGAUGGUGGAGCUUUACCGCGCGUGUGUGAUCGUUAUUGAGGAGCGUAUGAAGCAGUUGCAUUCUCUGCUGCAGCUCACAAUAAAUGGUCCGAAAUUAAAUGUGGAACAUCAGGUUGAGCUCUUUAUAAAACGAUUCGAGUACUACUACGAGUUGAUCGAAUGCAUCAAUCGGUGCUUUGCCAUACCCUUAAUUCACGUUCUGUUACUAAUUCUGCUCGAACGAACCGUUGCAGCUUACGAUGUAUACGAUAACUAUAAUUUGCUGGAUGUUAUGUCGGUUUGGGAUAAGUUUGGGUUAUUAUUCAGACAGAUCUGGCAAAUGAUAUACCCAAUAAUCAUCUGUAUGAUCGGGAUAACUGGUAAUCUUACAUCAAUUCAGGUAAAUUAAAGGUUUUUUUUUUAUCGUGAAAAGUCAUUCUGGCCUAAUUAGCCCAUAGCAGGAAAUUAUCCUUCAAGAUUCUUGACUGAUUGACGUAUCGUUACACAGUUAUGCUGAUACAUAUACAUGUGAAUAAACAAAACCCUGUCUUCUCAUAAUUUAUUUACAUUGCACCCAAUAUCUAGUCGAUAAUCACCAACAUUGUGGCAUGUGGUUUAUUUCAUUCUACCAUGAAGCGUACGCGACAUUCGUGAUUCGUGGUAAGGCUGUGGUCAAGUCAUCAACGAUGUCUGCCUGCGCUCGACUUAAUCGCUACACGUUCAAAAUCAUGUCAUCGGUGUAUUAUCUGCCCGUAGCCUACGAUGCAGUCGAACAUCGUUUCAUUGAAAAGCGUUCAAAUCUCAUAUCGUUCGCCAUCGGGUUGCUCCUCUCGAUUGGUUUCAUAUAUCAUGAUUUUUUCAUAGUGCUAGCUAAUUACAACACUGACCAGUCAGCUUUUACGCUCGCAGUGUUCAUCGUGGAACUAACCGUGUUCGCCACAGUACCAAUCUGUGCGGUGUGUAACAGCUUCGUAUAUCGCAAAGAGAUCGUGCAGCUAUUGAAUAUGUUGUUUGCGGACCAAAAUGUGCUAGAUUUGGGUGGUACUUAUGGGAACAAAAGUGUCCAACCCUUUAGUAUUGCGAAUCGCUACGUGAAAGUUUUGUAUGCGAUCGUGGUAUUGAUUUGUUUUUACAAUUAUAUAAAUAUGAUACACACCAUGCAUACGUUUCUGGAGCUUACGUUGAUAUCACGGUUUCUGCUAACGACACAAUACAUAUAUCUGUACUAUCUGUGCGUCAGUAUGGUACGCUUGCGGAUGCAGCAACUGAGGGUGCUGUUUCUGGACCAUCAGCACGAGCACGAUUUCGAACAACUUCUUUGCCUCUUCUUGGAAAGAUUUCGCCAGUACAUCGCUCAGAUUGAACGGAUUAACCAAUGCUUAUCCGCACCACUGCUGGGGAUGCUUCUGCAAGCAUUGAUCGAGCUGGCAUAUUUUAUGUACGAAUGGUUCCGAGUGAUCAGUACAGGACAGGUGGUAAAUGGAAACUACGUCAGCGUACAGCAAUGGAUCACUAGCCAGUUUUGGCAGCUGAUGUAUGGCAACGUAUUGCUACUGCUUGUGCCGUCCUGCGAGCAAGCGUCAAACGAGGUAAUAAUCAUUUAACAUGUGUGGGGGCAGCCAUCCCGAUGAAAACAUAAUGAGGUGAUGUUAUAAACAGAUACACGGUGAAAAACACAAUGCGCCACAAGGCAAUUUGUCUAAUUGUUCAAAGAACGCAUCACACAGAACGUUUGUUACUCCAACUUUUGCCGGCCAGUAGAUACAAGACCAUGCAGACGGAAGGAACUUUGCUGUUGCUGACCCGACAAUGUCUUCGUUGUACAGACAGCACAGUCGAAUAUUUCAAAUCUCAAGGCUGCUCUACUUCACCCCCUGUAGCUACAAUGAGGAGUUGGGACGCUUUGAAGCCACCAAAAGAAAUCUGGCAUUCUUGGGUGCAGCUUUGGUGCUUACGAUUCCCUUCUGGGUGUACGACAUUCACCUUAUGGCUACCAAUGUUUUGCGCACAUACACAACCGUGUUUGCAGCGGUGGGUGGCAUCGAGCUGCUAAUAUACGUUAGUGUGGUGAUAUGCACCAUACUAAAUGUGUUCGUCAAGCGACAACGUAUCACACGGCUGAUGAAUGUGCUGUUUCGACCCGACCGAAUAUUGGAUCGCUGCAGUCCCACAAAUUCAGCAGAUACACGCUACAAUGACAACCGGAAGUUGGUAGUGUUCGUGUUGUUCAUACUAUUUGGCAUGUGUAUCAAAUUAUCCUACUUCAAAAAAACAGAAAUAAAGAUCCUGUCGGUGAUGAUUGCGGGACGCUUUCUUGCGAUUUGGGUGUUGAUCUUCGUGCAUCGACUGCAUGUGCGAGCUAUUGGGCAGCGCAUGGAACAGCUGCGGGUUCUGUACGCAAGUGAAGAGUUGGAGCAACAUUUGGACUACUUCUUGCAUCUUUACGAUCGCUACUCGCGCCAGAUUGGCGAGGUUGACGAUUGUUACUCGUUCCCGGUAGUGCUGGUCUUUUUGUUGGUGAUGUUACAACUGAUCUAUUUGGCAGAACAUGUGUACAGUACGAUAGAAACGGGCACGAUGAUGCCGGUUGCGGACCAUUUUUUCUAUUCGUUAUUUGGCCAAGUGUGGCAAACGAUGUAUGGUGCAUUAGGGUACUAUUGUAUAUCCGCGUGUGGUACAGCAUCUGAGGAGGUAUAAUUUUACUUCAAAAUUGAUCCAAACACGAAUGUUCCCAUCAAAGUUUAUCAUUCCAAUGCGUUCUACGCUACCAUGAAACCAUUCUGUUUUCUCGUUUAACUAGGUAGAAGAGACGGCCCUCUGUACACGGCACUUUGACGAUUACCGGCUACAGAAUACACGCGCUGCCAAACAGAUACAAAAGUUUUUGCUUAAAAAUUUGCACCAGAAGAAAAAGUUCUCAGCUUGUGGGUUCUUCGACAUCGAUAAUACCGUCAUUUACAUGGUUUUCAGCUCUAUUGUAACGUACCUGGUGAUACUAAUACAAUUCAAGCAACUGGAAACCGAUUUAACCCAAGCUGGAGAUGGCUACAAUAUCACAAGCAACGUGUCAACUGUUCAGCCGUAGAGAGAGAGGGC